CUACAUGAGAGUUCCUUUAUGCUGCGCUGACGACGUCCCAUGUCAGCGGCUACCACAGCAGUCUGUGUUUUCGCUGCCCAUCGCCCUCAGCCAUUGUAACGACCCCGAGGAGCGCCCCGUAGUGUUCGACGUGGCUACUGAUUUUUGUUCUGAUAAGAAUGCCACGAAAGUCAUAUUAGAUAGAGAAAACAAGAUAAUAUAUACUCAAAACAAACUGCUAUUCCACUGGAACAUGAUCUUCGUCAACGACUUCUGCGUGGAGGUCCCUACAAGUUCGUACGACCUCCAAUACCGAGUUUUGAUUUGCUCUCCCGUGGAGUCGUCGCGCCACCCAGAGCACUGUCGCGCCGGCGUCUGCCAUACGAAAUGCUGCCCUGAAGGCUACCUUCUGCAGAACGAGUACUGUGUCUGCUACGACGCUCCGGCCUCGUUUAUCGGCCCGUCGCUCGUCGGCCGAAGUCUCAAGAGGGGCCUUUUACGAGGGACAGACACCUUCGUCAGGUUCCCGAAGUGUGACAGUCCCGACGUCAUUACAGGAAAUUCGACAGACGCGAAGAAUUUCUUUGAAUUUUACGGUGACGAUGUAAACAUUACUGACACGUCUCUAGAUUAUUGCGUGGAUCAGCUGCUCGACCUUCAAGAUAGCCGGAAUAUUGUCACGACUACUCUGGCUGUGGUCGUGUGUCCGCACCACACUGGGGCCGACGAGUCAACGUGGACGGUCGUGCGCCGGGUGCUGAUUCCCCUCGGUCUGGUGGUGUCCUGCGUGUUCCUGGCGGCGACGCUGCUGUGCCACCUGUGUUUACCGGCUCUCAGGGACCUCCGGGGGCUGUACCUGGCGGCGUACGUGGCUUCUCUCCUCGUGGCGGACUCCGCUCUCUUCACGACUCAAGCCUUUUCGCAGUUCUUGGCGCCGGCCUCGUGCGUUUCGCUCGCCUUGUUACUGCACGUGGCUUUCCUCUCCACUUUCUUCUGGCUUAAUGUGAUUUGCUACGAUGUCUGGACUUAUGUCAGGUUAUCGGUCCAAGGUGUCCCUCUGCACAGGACGCAGGAUGACAUGACCAGAUUCUUAGUCCGCUCCGUGUAUGCCUGGGGAUGCCCGCUUAUCAUGGGCAUUGUGGCGGCCGUCAUGCAACUCCUGCCGGAAGACAAGGACGGGUACUUAAAGCCCAAUUUCGUUGCGAACAGAUGCUGGUUUAGAGACGGAGUGGAGAUCCUUGCCUACUUCUACGGACCGAUGGGCAUCCUGUGCAUCGUCAACACACUCCUCAUACUCCACACUGGCCUGGUCCUCUACUGUGCCAACAACAGGUGUCACUGCUUCUUCGGGAGUUGUGGUCAGACGAACCACACUUUCGACCGACAGCACCUCAAUGAAUUCUGGCAAAGAUUCGGUCUCUUCGCAAUCAUGGCGAGCUGCUGGUUGACGGAAGUAAUAUCGUCCAUUGUGGGUUCCGGGGAUUCGGAAUUGUGGGCAGUGACAGACACACUGAACACCUUCCAAGGAGUGUUCAUCUUCAUCACCUUCAUCCGGAGCACGAAGCGCCGGAGGCUGGUCCAGGAGAGGCUGGAGGCAUGGGUGGAGCGGGUGGAGCGAGGUGGACUUCCGGCGCCGAGUCUCCCCGCGGGCAUGAGUCCGAGUCACCUGCUGCAUCGCCUGAGGACCUCGAGCGUCUGGGCGUCCUUGGGCAGGGCACACGACCGGGCGCCCUGCAGGAGGAGGCCACACCUCUCGUCGAAGCAGGUCCUCGACAACAUCAUCUUCAAGGAGAAGAUGGAAGACAAGAAGGGCUUCAACAACCAGGCCUUCGACGAGGAGGAGCGGGACGAGGACCCCGACGGCGAGUUCUCGAGGGCGGAUUCCGUCAACCGGUCCGCCAACCCGAUCUGGACGGUGCCGCGCUGGAGGUCCCUUCGCUCGAACACCUACUUCCCGAACGAGGUCGGGGACAAGGACGACGCCAACGACGCCCCUCGCAAGGACGACGACGUCAUCUGCGAGAACUUCGUGGAUUCUUUGAGCAUCUACUCCAGCUACAGCGAGGACGGGGACCAGCGCAGCUCGGCCUCGGAGAACCCGCAGAACCAGAGGCCGAUCUUCGCCCAGUGGAACCUUCUGCGCCUCAAGAGCGGGUCCCUGAACCUGCCGUCGGGAGGAUUCGCAGGAGGGGCGGCGGCGGGGAAGUACAGUGACGUGGUUUGCCAGGGACUCACGCGGAAGGACUCCUUCAGCAAGAAGUGACGAUUCUCAAGCUUUCCUCCAAGAAAACACAAACAGAACUCAGGGGCUGUAUCCUCGUGCGUAAGCUAACAAAAGGUUCUGGAGAGAGUUAUGUUGCAUAAGGCGAUUUCUGUUUUCACAUUCACAUGUCCACAAAAUGUAAGAAAAUCCAUGUUUAUUUUUUCUCCUGAUGUAUCCAACGACGCUGUCAGCAGAGAAUCAAAUGAUAUUUUUGUAACAUUUGUUUAACAAUAAGAUCCCAAUGCAUGUAGGUAUGUUUUUAUAUUGAAUUUGCAUGUUCCAGUGAAUUAGUUUUAGAGAACGAAUGUACUUAAAUGAUAAAUAUUAAAAACGUAGUGAUAGGAUAAGGAAUGCAUGACGCACCGUGACCAAGACUGCAAAGCACUUCUUAAAACAUGAACCAAAUUCCACGAUUAAAAGAAUGAUUAUAUUCCUCCAUGCAGUUUUCAUACGCGAUCUAUUUAUUUUCAUCUUUAUCUAGGUCUGUGAAUUACCAUUUUGUAAUACAGGUACUUAAAUGUUAUGGUAUCGUAAAUGAGGAUAUGCUCAUCCUGAGGUAUUCGCAGAGCAGUUACGUUAAUUAAACAUUUUGUUGAUUAAAGCUUUCAUCUAUAACAAUAACCGAUAUUUUAAUGCACCACAAGCAUGAGACAGAAUGCAUUAACUUGAAUAUAUCACAAACAAAAUUCUAAGAAUACCUUCAUAUAUUCCAUUCGUAAAUAUAUCCUUCGUUACACAGAGGAUAAUAUAUAUUUACCAUUUCCACGAGCGUUUUUUUAAUGUAUUUACCAAAGCUUUAUUUCAUAACUUCUUUUUGAAAAGUAAUGCAAUUCAUUCAUGUUAUUUUAUAGGUCUAUAUUUUCAAAGAGGGAUGUUAUUAUAUGAUUAUAAAAAAUGCAGUAUGUAUAUGGCUAAUAAAUCAACCGAAAAAUCA